AUGGAUGUCAAGGCCGACAUCAACGCCACUAUUCUAGGCGACCAGUACGUCUACGCGUGCGAGAUGGCUGGCCACAUCGACUCGCUGCAAAACGACCCGGCUGCGAAUCUAGGCUCGCCUGUAGAGGCCGACAUCACUACAGACGAGAUCUACCAGGACGCGACGGACAUCAAGUGCCCCGUGUGCGGCAAGGGCUACGACCAGCUCAAGCACGCUGUGCCGUGGAUCUCCAAGGGUGCGCAGAAGAUCUACACGUGCUCGGAGGAGCACGCGCAGCUGGUGUUUGACAACCCCACCAAAUACGUGGCGGCACAGGCCUCGUCCGACGAUUUCUGCUAUGGCGCAGGCUCCGUCAUGUUCAACGGCUUCCAGCUGGCUAUCGGCGGCGAUGCCUCGUGUCUGAUGCUGCUGUUCCAGCCGUGGGUGAUCUCGUCGGGUGUCAAGUACGCCUUCGCCUUCCUGGGUGUUGUGCUGCUGGCCAUGUCGCUCGAGGGAUUCGGAGAGCUGCGUGAGUUCGUACUGACGCGACUGUACCGAGACCACGGCAUCGUGUCCAGCCAGGCAGACUACAUGUCGCUGGCCACCCCGCAGGUCAGCAGUGCGAGCCACGAGUCGUUCGUGCAGAAGCCUGGCCGCGUACCAGACGCCCCCAGGCUCAGCAUUGUACGUCGACUGCCUCUUUGGAGUAAACUCGUGCUUGCCGCCAUGUACAUGGUGCAUCUGUGCCUUGGCUACUGGGUUAUGCUGGUCAUCAUGACGUACGAGACGCUCAUGUUCGUGGCCGUGAUCAUUGGCGUCGGCUUGGGCUUUGCCAUCUUCAAGGACACCGAUGCCGACGAACUGCGUGGCAGCGUUGAUCCGUGCUGCUCCACCUAAAAUAAUUGCACCAGAAUUUAAUUUGGUCUUGAAAGAUUGUCACAUUUAUUUGCAAGUGUCUGAGCUUAGCAAAAUUUC